AUGCGAUCAUUCUGUGUACUGUUGGUUGUUGGAUCGUUACUGGUGGCUGUGUGCUUCUGUCGACCACCGACACCCGAAGAAGUGAAGGAGCACGAGCUGAUCGAUUACUUCAACGAUUACGAUACCCUACCGAACAUCUCGUUGAUCCCGGACAGCUGGAAGGAAAGUGUGAAAAAAGAGAGAAUGCGCUACUUGCAAAUGUUACAGCAGCAAGCAUUCAAGUGA